CGACAGGAACAAAUAUACACCUCCGCUGCUUGUUUGGAUCCCCUUGCGAGUACAAAUCUGUCAGUGAGUUAUUCGCACGCAUCCUGAGUAGCCCCGCCCGGAUUACCAGAUGGCACCCUGUCGGAAUGCCCUCACCGUAGCCCUGCUCACGAGCGGCGCAUUUACACAAGCUUUUUGGGUCGCGCCUGCCACACCAUGGCUCCAUGGCUCCCGUCACUUCUCAAAAGACGUAACCGCGCCGCUGAUGGCAACAUCGGAGACUACCAACUCAAACGUCCCCCCUCCCUUGACACUGGAAGAAAUAUCGAACAAAAUAAAAUUUGAAAUCACCGAUCUGGAUGCAGGCGCCUACGGCUUAGAGAGCAAGGAUGUAGCAUACGCAGUGGAAAUUGCCAAGGUUGACAUUCCCCUGGGAGGGGGCGGCAUUGGGCUGGGGCUGGAGGAAUUACGACGGGGGCAGGACGGGCGCGGGUGCGUGCUCGUCUCCUCCCUACCCCCGGAAGGCAACGCCGCCCAAGCGGCCGGAGACGACGGGAAGAUCCGAGUGGGGGACAUGAUUUGCUACCUGGGCCAAGAGCCUCGGGGCAUGGUGCGGACGGAGGGCUUGGACUUCGAGCAAACCAUGGGGGCGCUCCGCCGCUUCCUGGAGACGGGCGCCCCCGCCAUCACCCUGGUGCUGAAACGCCUGGUCUUUCGGGCCUCCCUGGACGUUUCGCUCUCCUACACACCCGGCCCCGACGAGGAGAGCCAGGGCCGCAAGGCUUGGACCCAAACGCUGCCCAUGUUGGCAGGCUCCCAGCUUCGGAAAGAGCUCCUUCGCGCUGGCUUGCCCGUGUACAGCCAGGACACGCUGCGGUUCGACCAGCCUUACGUGACAGGGAAUUGCGGCGGGGAAGGGAUCUGUGGGACCUGCCUGGUCCAGGUUUUGGAGGGAAAGGAGCUCUUGAACGAGAAGGACGAGGUGGAGGCGAUGGUGACCCGGAAAUGGGGAGCAGCCAACUGGCGCUUGUCCUGCCGAGUCAUCGUGGGCGCCACCAACACGCCGGGCACCGUCCGUUUUAAAUUGAUGCCCCAGGCGCCCUUCACCAAGAAGAAGCCGUGAGCGCGGCCGUCGGGAAGGGAGGGAGGGGGGGAAGGGGCCUGUACAGCGGUU